AUAUGUGGAAUACUCAAAUAAAUGACACUGAUAUUCAUUCUCACAUAUGAAUCAUACACUAUGUAUCUACAAGUGCUUAAUCAGCUGAUAACCUAAACUAAUGUACUGACGAUAAAUUAUAAAUAAUAUUUUGCUGAUGAUUGAUUGAUUACCUGCUACAAAUUAUUAUUUGGUCUGAUGGUAAUAAUUCAAAUUAUUAUUAUAUGCUACUAAAUAUGAGGUGGUCUGCUGUUAUGAUUGAAGUAUAUGCCCUCAGAACUACAACAAUUGUUCUGACAUGCAUUCUAGACGACACACAGGACAAACAUGUAAAGGAUGGAAUUCCUCUUGACUAUUUAAAGAUGGAGGCUUUGCAGCACCUCCUCAGGCAGGGCAGUCUGAGGAGGAUGCAUAUGAAUCAUUGUGGCACAGCAUGGAUCUCCUAAUAUGGCACAGUUAAGGCCCCCAACCCACCCCCCUUACUGAUAAGACUGACCCGCUGAUAUCUAUAUUGCUUUUCCACCAAUCAUUAACCCCCUCCCUCCCUACACGUACCCCCCCAAUCCCAAUGCAGACAUAAUAGCAUUCCUGAACCUGGAGCACCCCCCCAUAUAUGGCAGAGGGGGACUUCAUUUAUAAAAAGGGCCCACUGACAGACCCCUCGAAUUGGUUGCCAUUCUUUCAGCCGGUAAGAUGGAAGCACACAGGCAUACACACCUUCUCUAUCUGACUUGCUACUGAGGCUAACUGUUUGUAUUCAUAUGGACGGGAAAUACAUUCAACUGUUUGAUUUGCUUCUUUAGGACCAGUGCACCUCCAUUCUCCUUCGGUAGGGGCUCAACAGCGUUAACAUGGGGGAUGCUACCAUGAGAGAUUUUGGGCCCGCCGCGUCCUACCUGAGGAAGUCGGACAAAGAACGUCUGGAGGCCCAGACGCGGGCCUUUGACAUGAAGAAGGAAUGCUUUGUCCCUGACGCCGACGAGGAGUAUGUCAAGGCCACCAUCAGCAGCCGAGAAGGGGACACCGUCAUCGCCCAGACCGAGAGGGGAAAGACCGUGACGGUGAAGGAGUGUGACGUACACCCUCAGAACCCGCCAAAGUUUGAUAAAAUUGAAGACAUGGCGAUGUUCACCUUCCUCCACGAGCCCGCCGUGCUGUUCAACCUCAAAGAGCGUUACGCAGCGUGGAUGAUCUACACGUACUCUGGGCUGUUCUGUGUGACGGUCAACCCCUACAAGUGGCUGCCGGUCUACAACCAAGAGGUGGUGGAGGCGUACAGAGGAAAGAAGAGGAGUGAAGCUCCUCCUCAUAUCUUCUCAAUCUCUGACAAUGCCUACCAGUACAUGCUGACAGACAGAGAAAACCAAUCGAUUCUUAUCACCGGAGAAUCUGGUGCUGGGAAAACAGUCAACACCAAGCGUGUUAUUCAGUACUUUGCCAGUAUCGCCGCUGCCGGUGGGAAGAAGGAAGGAAACUCUGACAAAAAGGGCACCUUGGAGGAUCAAAUCAUCCAGGCUAACCCAGCCCUGGAGGCCUUCGGUAACGCUAAAACCAUCAGGAACGACAAUUCUUCCAGAUUUGGCAAAUUUAUUAGAAUCCAUUUCGCUGCCAGUGGAAAGCUGGCCUCUGCGGAUAUUGAGACUUAUCUAUUGGAAAAGUCUCGUGUCACUUUCCAGCUGAAGGCUGAGAGAGAUUACCAUAUCUUCUACCAGAUUCUGUCUCAGAAGAAACCUGAGUUGCUUGAAAUGCUGCUCAUCACCAACAACCCCUACGACUACUCCUUCAUUUCUCAAGGGGAGACGACAGUAGCCUCCAUCGAUGAUGCUGAGGAACUAGUGAUGACUGAUGAUGCUUUUGAUGUGCUGGGCUUCACCCAAGAAGACAAAAAUGGCAUCUAUAAGAUGAUUGGUGCCAUCAUGCACUAUGGCAACAUGAGGUUCAAGCAGAAACAGCGUGAGGAGCAGGCUGAGCCUGAUGGCAGCGAGGAUGCUGACAAAGUUGCGUAUCUGAUGGGCCUGAACUCUGCAGACCUCAUCAAGGGUUUGUGUCACCCAAGAGUCAAAGUAGGAAAUGAGUGGGUCACCAAGGGACAGAGUGUUCAGCAGGUGUACUACGCCAUCGGUGCGCUGUCCAAGUCAGUGUACGAGAAGAUGUUCUUGUGGAUGGUGGUGAGGAUCAACCUGUCCCUCGAUACCAAGCAGUCCCGCCAGUACUUCAUUGGAGUGCUGGACAUUGCUGGAUUUGAGAUCUUUGAUUACAACACUUUCGAGCAGCUCUGCAUCAACUUUACCAACGAGAAACUGCAACAGUUCUUCAACCACCACAUGUUUGUGCUGGAGCAGGAAGAGUAUAAGAAAGAGGGCAUUGAAUGGACUUUCAUUGACUUUGGUAUGGACUUGCAGGCCUGCAUCGACUUGAUUGAAAAGCCCAUGGGCAUCAUGUCUAUCCUUGAAGAGGAGUGCAUGUUCCCCAAGGCCAGUGAUGCCACAUUCAAAGCCAAGCUGUAUGACAACCACCUGGGGAAAUCCAACAACUUCCAGAAGCCCAGGGUUGUCAAGGGGAAACCAGAGGCCCACUUCUCCCUGGUUCACUACGCUGGCACUGUUGACUACAACAUCUUUAACUGGCUGGUGAAGAACAAGGAUCCAUUGAAUGAAACUGUUGUGGGACUUUACCAGAAGUCAAAUCUUAAAAUGUUGUCCAACCUCUUCGUAAAUUACGCUGGUACAGAUUCAGGUAAACUAAUUUGGAAAGGGAAGAAUAUCUUAUUGACUACAAGAGCACAUCAUCAUCAUCAAUAUUGUCUUGGUUUAAUUGGGAAUGCUAAUUUUCAAGUUUUUUGUACUGGAUCAACAGAUGGAAAAGGAGGAAAAGGUGGUGGAAGUAAGAAGAAGGGAUCCUCCUUCCAGACUGUGUCAGCGUUGCACAGGGAGAACCUGAACAAGCUGAUGACCAACUUGAGGUCUACUCACCCUCAUUUUGUCCGCUGCAUCAUCCCCAAUGAGAGCAAGAAUCCUGGGGCCAUGGAGAACCCUCUGGUGAUGCACCAGCUACGCUGUAACGGUGUGCUGGAAGGCAUCAGGAUCUGCAGGAAGGGCUUCCCCAACAGGAUUCUGUAUGCAGAUUUCAAACAGAGAUACCGCAUCCUUAAUCCUGCCGCAAUCCCAGACGGACAAUUUAUAGACAGCAGGAAAGGGGCUGAGAAGCUACUUGGUUGUCUGGAUAUUGAUCACAACCAGUACAAGUUUGGACACACUAAAGUGUUCUUCAAGGCCGGUCUCCUCGGGACACUUGAGGAGAUGAGAGAUGACCGUCUGUCACUUAUCAUAUCUGGGAUCCAGUCUCGGGCAAGGGGACUCCUUGCAAGGCUAGAAUUCCAGAAGAUUGUGGAGCGAAGAGAUGCACUACUGGUAAUCCAGUGGAACAUCCGUGCCUUCAUGGGAGUGAAGAACUGGCCCUGGAUGAAGCUGUUCUUCAAGAUCAAACCUCUGCUGAGAUCGGCGGAGGCAGAGAAAGAGAUGGCCAACAUGAAGGAAGAAUUCCUGAAGUUGAAGGAGGCUUACGCAAAGUCAGAGGCUCGCAGGAAGGAACUAGAGGAGAAAAUGGUGUCUCUUCUCCAAGAGAAGAACGACCUGCAGCUCGGUGUCCAAGCUGAACAAGAUAAUCUUGCAGAUGCUGAGGAAAGAUGUGAAGGGCUUAUCAAAAAUAAGAUUCAGAUGGAAGCAAAGGCCAAGGAGCUUUCCGAGAGACUGGAGGAUGAGGAGGAGAUGAACGCUGAACUUACUGCUAAGAAGAGGAAGCUGGAAGAUGAGUGCUCUGAGUUGAAGAAGGAUAUAGAUGACCUGGAACUAACACUGGCAAAGGUGGAGAAAGAGAAGCAUGCAACUGAGAACAAGGUGAAGAACCUAGUUGAGGAAAUGGCUUCUCUGGAUGAAAUCAUUACCAAGUUGACCAAGGAGAAGAAAGCCUUACAGGAGUCUCAUCAACAAACACUGGAUGACCUACAGAGUGAGGAAGACAAAGUCAACACUCUGACCAAGGCCAAAGUCAAGCUGGAGCAGCAAGUGGAUGAUCUUGAAGGGUCACUGGAACAAGAGAAGAAAAUUCGUAUGGACCUUGAGAGAGCUAAGAGAAAGUUGGAAGGAGACUUGAAGUUAACUCAGGAAAGCCUAAUGGACCUUGAGAAUGACAAGCAGCAACUUGAGGAGCGGCUUAAAAAGAAAGACUUUGAAGUGAGCCAACUCAACAGUAAAAUUGAAGAUGAGCAGGCAAUUAGCAUUCAGCUUCAAAAGAAACUUAAAGAGCUUCAGGCCCGCAUUGAAGAACUGGAAGAGGAGCUUGAGGCAGAGCGAGCUGCCCGAGCCAAGGUGGAGAAACAGAGAGCAGACUUGGCCAGAGAGCUGGAGGAGAUCAGUGAGAGGCUGGAGGAGGCUGGCGGAGCAACAUCUGCCCAGAUUGAGAUGAACAAGAAGAGGGAAGCCGAGUUCCAGAAGCUCCGCAGAGACCUUGAAGAGGCCACUCUGCAACACGAGUCUACCGCUGCCACACUCCGGAAGAAGCAAGCUGACAGUGUAUCCGAUCUUGGGGAGCAGAUCGACAACCUGCAGAGAGUCAAGCAGAAGCUGGAGAAGGAGAAGAGCGAGCUCAGACUGGAGCUGGACGAUGUGGUCUCCAACAUGGAACAUAUCGUUAAGACAAAGACAAACCUAGAGAAAAUGUGCAGGACCUUGGAAGAUCAGAAUAGUGAAUACAAGACUAAAUACGAAGAGGGUCAACGUUGCAUCAAUGACUUCAACAUGCAAAAGGCAAGGCUGCAGACGGAAAAUGGUGAGCUCUCGAGGCAAAUGGAGGACAAGGACUCCCUGGUGUCUCAGCUGACAAGAGGAAAACUGUCCUACACUCAGCAGAUUGAGGACCUCAAGAGACAACUAGAAGAGGAGACAAAGGCCAAGAAUGCAUUAGCCCAUGCAGUGCAGUCCUCCCGCCAUGACUGCGACCUGCUGAGAGAGCAGUUUGAGGAGGAGCAGGAGGCCAAGGCUGAGCUACAGCGCAGCAUGUCCAAAGCUAACUCUGAGGUGGCUCAGUGGAGAACCAAGUAUGAAACUGAUGCCAUCCAGAGGACUGAGGAACUAGAGGAGGCCAAGAAGAAGCUGGCCCAGCGUCUUCAGGAUGCUGAGGAGGCUGUGGAGGCAGUCAAUGCUAAAUGUUCCUCCCUGGAGAAGACCAAACACAGACUGCAGAAUGAGAUUGAAGAUCUCAUGGUGGAUGUGGAGAGGUCUAAUGCUGCUGCUGCCGCUCUGGACAAAAAGCAAAGAAACUUUGAUAAGGUCCUGUCUGAGUGGAAGCAGAAGUUUGAGGAGUCUCAGUGUGAGCUGGAGAGCUCCCAGAAGGAGGCACGCUCUCUGAGCACUGAACUCUUCAAACUGAAGAACUCCUACGAGGAAUCUCUGGAUCACUUGGAGACCAUUAAGAGAGAGAACAAGAACCUCCAAGAGGAAAUCUCGGACCUUACUGAGCAACUUGGUGAGGGGUCAAAGAGCAUCCAUGAACUGGAGAAACUGAGGAAACAGCUGGAACAGGAGAAGAGUGAGAUCCAAUCUGCUCUGGAGGAAGCGGAGGCCUCCUUGGAGCAUGAAGAGGGAAAGAUUCUGAGAGCCCAGCUUGAGUUCAAUCAGGUUAAGGCUGAAAUCGAAAGGAAGUUGGCUGAGAAGGAUGAGGAGAUGGAGCAGACCAAGAGGAACCUGCAGAGGAACAUAGACACCCUGCAGAGCUCUCUGGAAGCAGAGUGCCGCAGCAGGAAUGAGGCCCUCCGCUUGAAGAAGAAGAUGGAGGGAGACCUCAAUGAGAUGGAGAUCCAGCUCAGCCAGGCCAACCGGCAGGCGUCUGAAGCCCAGAAGCAGCUGAAGUCUGUCCAUGGUCACCUCAAAGAUUCUCAAAUCCAGCUGGACGAGUCUCUUCGGGCCAAUGAGGAUCUUAAGGAGAACAUGGCAAUCGUGGAGAGGCGUAACAACCUGAUGCAGGCUGAACUGGAGGAGCUGAGGUCCGCUCUCGAGCAAACUGAACGCUGUCGCAAACUUGCUGAGCAAGAGCUGCUGGAUGUCAGUGAGAGGGUGCAGUUACUGCACUCACAGAACACCAGCCUGAUAAACCAGAAGAAGAAGCUGGAGGCCGAUACGUCCCAGCUUCAGUCUGAGGUGGAGGAGGCUUUGCAGGAGUGCAGGAAUGCUGAGGAAAAGGCCAAGAAGGCCAUUACUGAUGCGGCCAUGAUGGCAGAGGAGCUGAAGAAGGAGCAGGACACCAGCUCUCACCUGGAGCGCAUGAAGAAGAACAUGGAGCAGACCAUCAAGGACCUGCAGCACCGCCUGGAUGAGGCUGAGCAGAUUGCUAUGAAGGGGGGCAAGAAGCAGGUCCAGAAGCUGGAGGCCAGGGUACGGGAGCUGGAGACCGAGGUGGAGUCUGAGCAAAAGAAGAGCGGUGAAGCAGUGAAGGGAAUCCGCAAAUACGAGAGACGAAUCAAAGAGCUGACAUAUCAGACUGAUGAGGAUCGCAAGAACGUCACUCGUCUCCAAGACCUUGUAGACAAGCUGCAGCUGAAGGUCAAAGCCUACAAGAGGACAUCUGAGGAGGCUGAGGAACAGGCCAACUGCCACCUGGGCAAGUUCCGUAAGCUGCAGCAUGAGCUGGACGAGGCUGAGGAGAGAGCAGACAUCGCUGAGACACAGGUCAACAAGCUGAGGGCCAAGAGCCGCGACGGGGGCCCCAAGAGGGGGCUGGAUGAGGAGUGAUUCUACCGGAGGUCCACCAUGGACCCUUUGGAACUGAUGAGGGUUCCCCUGGUCCCCAAUGUGUUUCUGUAGAAUAAAGCGAAAGUGCAUUCAAAUAUAAUAAUGUGCCCAGUCGUUAUUUCAUACAGUUGAACUCAAUCAUAACCUCUAUCCUCAUUACGUUCUCCUUAAUUGAUUGAUCAUUAAUAGGACACUUAGAAAAGGAGAAAGUGUAGAAAGUGCAGCAGAUGAUGCAAUUGUUUAAUCUCAAUAAGUGGAAAACAGAGAUUGAGAAUAUAAAACAGUUUACUCCAUCUGUGUGGAAGACCUAGCCUCGGGCAUGAUGUUAGUCACAUUGCAGAGUUGUGACAACCUAGUGGAUCAUGCCUGCCACCCUCUGGUAAUACACCAUAAUGACACUGUGAGUAUGUCUACUCAACAUUGAAGCAAUGUUACCUUGAAUGAGAAGACUUGUUUUAAAAGCAGAAAAAAAUGCGGUAUGUAGAAAUGAAACUAAAUAAGACUAAAUAAGUAGGAGGACAGAAAUAGUCAUACCAGAGGGUGUGGGAGGGUACUUGAAAACAAAAUAAUCCUAUAUAGAAAUAAACUUCCUAAAGUCCUACAAAAUGUAUAAUGUUUUGAUAAAAAUGUAUACGAUUAUAUUAAUGGUGCCGCAGGAUUUAAUGGCCUCUAUCGGGGACAAACUGAACGCUCCCAUCCCACUGCAGUGACGUAGGAUGAGCCCCUGUGGCCUGUACUGGCCUGUCAGGUGAAAGCAGGUUAUUCCUAAAUGAUUCCAUCAUUUACAAGGGAUGAGGUUCAUUGAUAGAUUCAUAAAUUGUGUUUAGGCAGUAACACGAUACAUCAUAUCUAACAUGCAAGUCUUCCAUGAUGAAAAACGAAAUGAGUCCCCUCUAGAUCCGUUUGUCCAUUCUGGGCCACUGUAUAAAACAUCAACAAGGCAGGCUCAACAGAACAGUACCUACUCCCUAUCUAGCUAUAAAGGGCUAAUUCUUAGGUAACGAAAACAUAACAAUUCUUAUUUACUUGGGAUUAUAGACUUAUUAAAACCUACUUCAGAAUAUUAUAUUCCAUUUCUGUAAAGUCAGUUCCGCAAAAUGCCACUAAAUUCUACUUAAUUCACAUUUAAAGUUAAUAUAUAGGCUUAUUGUGUUUGUUAAUGCUCUUAGAUAUCCACAGCAACAUUUAUUUUUAUUUUUGCAAAGACUACAAUGAAGGGGUACCAAUUAAAACUAAAAUGACAUAUAAUGUACUGUGUACUUCAGGUUUUACUAAGCUAAAGUUAUAUUGCGUGCCUUUAAAAUCGACCCACAGAAAGUUGAAAAUUUGUGUUUGUAAUUGAAACAGUCUUUAGAACAGUCUUUGUUUGCCUACUUGCCAACAUUUAGCUGCAGGAGAGCAAACGCUCUGUGAUGCUUUGGUACCAUCAACCCCUGGAAACAAUGGGAACAUUGCACAGGUCUUCCUGGGCACUGCAAGCUCCUUUUGGUUUUGUUCUCUUUGAUGCAUGCUGAGGAAGAGCACACAAAUAUUGCAUAGUUUGAAGUUAAAAGAUUGGAAACAUAUUAAAACAUUAACCAUGGAAAUAAAAAACAAUCUUGCCAAGCAACAGGAGCAUUGUUGUACUGAUGCUUGUUUAUGGGAGCAACAUCCCAUAAUUAUAACGGCCAAGCACUAGCUGUUCUCUGAAUCAACCCUACUGACAUUGACAGUAGCACCUAGGACACCUAUGGGUUUUAGCAUACAGCCACAGCAUCCCCAGGUGGUGACACCACCUGUCGCUUCCAUCAACGGAGACGCCAACUGCCAACAGAUUGGUCGAGCAUCUGGCGAGUUUGUGCGAGGAACGAACGACGACGGAACACCAGACUAUGGUGUCUACAGGGAGGCAUUGACAGCUUGGAAUGAACAAAUUUGAAAGCUUAUUCCAAUCGACUAAAUUGAACCUCCUUGCGAGUCGCGUUGGUGGGGAGGCUCUCUGUGCAUGUUCUCGAAGCACCAAGGAAAUGUUCAUCUUAUUGCACUUUUAAAUAUGACAAUGAUUUCAUGGGGAUUUUUCAUACCAGUGGGAAUAAUUCUUCUUUUGAUAAUUUUUUUCCACUGUGUUUUGUGAAUGUUUUUACAGACUAGUUUAUGGUGUGGUAGGUUAGCUUUAAUCACAUAAGCAGGCUUGUUAGUUGGAAGGAAAGAGCAAAGGAAGGUCAUCCAGGUCUGUGUACAGCAACCAAACACAGCACAACAGAACACUAAAAUAGUGAUGCCCUGACGAAUAAUACAAUCCUUUUCGAUAAUUGUUGCGACGGGUCAUGUUCUUCCAGUCACAUGAAGCAUUAAUAACGGAAAAAAGCAUUCCUUGGCCGAUAAAACGGACCACAUAAAAAAAUCCCCAGACCAGUAUUGCACCUGUUGCCUCUUAUCUAUCACAUAUGCCAUUCACAAAGAGACAGACAAAAAAACAAGGCAAGAAUUUCACAGGGUUAUCUUUGUCGGCAAGGCCAAAGGGGAGGGAAACAAUGGCAUGAUGACAGGACGAGACAAAGGGUGCAGACUGAAGCCAUUAGAAAAGUAUGGGUGACCAGUGACCACUGAAAGUAAUCCGACCCCUGUCCUUAUUAGACAUUGACAGCUGGAACCUUCUAUUGUCCUCAUACGAUGCUCAGAA